GUGUCUUUUCGUCCCACUGCCUGGACAAAUCGACGCGUAAUCUUCGCCAUGGCGGAAAAGAAGAUUCUUCAUACCGCGCGGAAACUCAGCAAGGUGUUUAAAGAGACGCCCUACACGAUCGAAGCCAAAACCUUAUUGUCUCCCACGUCUGAGACUGCUACAGCCUCGAAUGCGAGUGCGAGUGCUAGUUCUCUGGCCGUGGGCUCUAUCUCUGGGGUCAGCAUUUCGACAGGGACGGAGGAGACGAGUUCGAAUGCCAACUCCACCGAGCAACUCCGUAGGAAGGCAUCAAAGCUGACCCGCGAGUCAGCUGAAAACAUCCCCCCACCACCAUCGCAGCGUCAGUCCAUGGAUUCUGCUGCCCUGACCACCCCAAGACCGCAUCUAAGGCGGAGCCGAUCGAUGUGGGUGCGUCAACAACAACAACAGCAACAGCAACAACAAGGGGAGAACGAGGCAGCAAACGACUUUCAGGACCGUUACCUGCGCAACUUCGGUACUAUGUCUGAGCGCCAGCGAGUGCUCAACGUCAAGCGCGCCAGGAAAAUGACCCAGCUGUUUGGCCAAGAGCCUCCGGCGGAAUUGAUCCAGAUAUUGGACGACCGCGAAAAUGUGGAUCCAUCUCGAGACUCUGUAGCGUUGUCCACACUGAUGACGUCGACGCCACUAAGAGACCGCGCCAAUUCGGUCUCUUCGUUAGCUGAUGGUGUCGGUGCCGCUGCUACUACACCUUCAGCUGUGGCGCCAGAGGCCGAGGAGAGUGAUGUCAACAUUUUCCAAGACAGGCGGCGCAGGGCUGCGAAACUGUCGCGCUUUUUUGGUGUGGGAUUCCAAGACAUCACAAGUCUCCCAGAUGUUCUUCCUGUCCCGGUUGUCUCUAACACACAAGUCGACGUGAAAGUUGCCGGCCGACGGUUCUGGAGUUUCGGUGAUCGGCCCCGAGACAGCGAUAUGCGAGAGGCAAUCUCUCAGUUGAGAGGGUUGAAAGCAGGGUGA